AUGCAAACCUCCGAUGCGAGCAUCCCGAGUCGUCUGAUUCCCUCCAAGUUCUCUCAUCUCAGCGCGGACAACACGGGCUUCUCCCACGGUGCAUACAAUUCCAACAAUAUUCCCUUGCAGGGUCUAUCGGACCGGAACGCUCGUCGUGCCAAUAUUCCUGCCAUCAACACCUCAGCUCCGAUUUCGGACACCAUGGGUUCCGCGGGGACCGCGUUCGACAUGAACUUCACUCCCCUCCUACCGUCUCAGCUGCUACUUGGUAGUCCUUUCCAACCCGGCACCCCAUCCGCGUUUGCCUCACCUCAAUUCGCCAACUUUGGAGGCUUUCCACAAGCCAAUGGUCCCACACAUGCACAGAAUCAGAGCCACCCUCUCGCAAGUCCGACUCAGCCUUCACAGAAUCAUGGUCUUUACUCCGGCAUGUUGUCGCCAGAUGGCAUGGGUAACUCCCAGAUGCUAGGAGCUCCGCAGUCUCCCGUAGGAGGCUUGAGCGGGUUGGGUAACGCCGCGUUUGGCGCUCAUGCCGCCUCGGUAACCCCUGGUUUGCUUUCUGGAACGAGCCGCACUGUUUACUUGGGCAACAUCCCUGCCGAAACUUCUGCGGAAGAGAUCUUGAACCAUGUGCGGAGCGGUCAGAUUGAAUCCGUUCGCUUGCUUCCCGACAAGAACUGCGCAUUUAUCUCUUUCCUGGACAGUAACUCCGCGACACAUUUUCACUCGGACGCUAUCCUGAAGAAGCUCGCCAUCAAGGGUAACGAUAUCAAGGUUGGAUGGGGAAAGCCUUCGCAAGUACCUACAUCAGUGGCGCUUGCAGUGCAGCAAUCUGGCGCAUCGCGGAAUGUCUACCUGGGCAAUCUUCCCGAGGAGAUGGCAGAAGAAGAGCUUCGGGAGGAACUUGGCAAGUUUGGUCUCAUCGACACUGUCAAGAUUGUCAAAGAGAAGGCGAUAGGUUUUGUCCACUUCCUGUCGAUCAGUAACGCUAUGAAGGCUGUCUCACAACUACCUCAGGAGGCCAAGUGGCAGGCCCCCCGGCGUGUCUUCUACGGUAAAGACCGAUGUGCAUACGUCUCAAAGACCCAGCAGCAGAACGCCGCCCAAUUCUUGGGCAUCGCUCCAGGAUAUGCUCAUAUUCUUAACUCGGCAGACCGUGACCUGAUCACUAAUGCGCUCGCUCAACAGUCUGUUGCUGCCGCAGCCGUGGCUACCACAGCUGGUGGCGUGAACAACCUCGGUAAUCGCACUAUCUACCUGGGCAACAUCCACCCCGAAACCACAAUUGAGGAAAUUUGUAAUGUCGUACGUGGCGGACUUCUUCACCACAUUCGUUAUAUUCCGGACAAGCACAUAUGCUUUGUCACCUUUAUUGACCCGACCUCGGCGGCCUCGUUCUAUGCCCUGAGCAAUCUUCAGGGCCUCAUGAUCCAUAACCGUCGUUUGAAGAUCGGAUGGGGUAAACACUCGGGACCCCUCCCCCCAGCCAUUGCUCUCGCUGUGAGCGGAGGUGCUUCGCGGAAUGUUUAUGUUGGAAACCUGGACGAGACCUGGUCGGAAGAACGUCUGCGUCAGGACUUUUCAGAAUAUGGAGAGAUUGAGCUUGUUAACACAUUGCGCGAGAAGAGCUGCGCUUUCGUCAACUUCACUAACAUCGCCAAUGCCAUCAAAGCGAUCGAGGGAAUGCGAAACCGGGACGAGUACAAGCGGUUUAAGAUCAACUUUGGCAAGGACCGGUGUGGAAACCCUCCGCGUCAGGCUGGUAAUGGUGGCCAGCAAGGCCGUAACGGUCCAGGAAUGGAGGGCACACAAUCACCCUCUCCGGCCCUGAACGGCUAUCAGCAGAACCUGAGCCAGUCCGGCUCUGGAUCCAGCCCGACUCACCCCGCUCUGUCACCUGCCCCUGGGUCCACUGGCUCUCAGAAUGGACACCCCGGCAGACACCCUCUGCAGCAAGUCUCCUCGCCGUCGGGCAUUCUCAAUGUCGGAGCCAACAAUCCACUGACAAUGUAUCUCAACCAAAUGUCGGCUCAGCAAUCUCAGGAGCAGGAGAACCGGCUGAAUGAUCCGAUGACCCUCGCUGCGCUCCAGUCUCAUUCCCAAGCCCCUCAGCAGCAAAGUCUCUACAACACAGCAAGCACUGGCGAGCUCGGCAACGGGAGUAUCGAAGCUCCGUUACAUCAGCACAAGCCUUCCAUCAACGGGUUUCUGAAUGUGACUAAUGGUUCAUCGGGACCUGGCCACCAUUCAACUGCCAGCACGGGUGGCUUGAGUGUACCUCGCGCACAGCACUCCCGAGCUGUCAGCCUGCCUUCAUUCUCUCAAGAACCUUUUGGGCAUAUUUCAAGCCAGGCUGGACCACCUCGUUCGGGAAUGGCUCAUCAGCCUCAAAGCAGCUUCUCUAGUUUCUCGUCCGCUCUUGGGGGGCUCAAACACGCAGGCUUCGGAUUGGCAAUCCAGAACGAAAGCUCGCUUCCUGGUUGGGCUGAAGAGGAGAUUGGAGCCAAAUGA